GAUGUUGUGUUAUUUUGUCAUGUUUAAAAGCUGAACCCUGAAGGGAUAUUGUCUUUCCAGCCUUAUCCAGGUUUCUAUCCCCCAGGCGUAUAUAAUUGAAACCGCACGGAAUAACGUUACUUUGAUUUGACUUAAUUCUUUUGUUUCAACCUUUCUUUAUCUGCUUUCCCCAGUCCCUUGGGUUUUUAUACACACAAAUAACCAUUUUGGUUAAAGUUGACUUUUUCCUUUGUUCUCGUCAAUCGAUAUGGACGCUGUUAUGGAGGGUUUAACCGAGGAGGAAAACGUGGAAGUGUCCCGUGAUUGUCUUUCCACUGCUGUGAGAAACUCUCUCUCUCGGAGGACAUCCGCCUGAUGAUGACUCGGUCUCGCGUGCUGUCGGUGGAGAAGCGGGGACUCCGGGCGAGAGACGGAAUGAAGAAACCACCAGUUGCCCCCAAACCCAAGCUGGUUCAGUCACAGAAACCCUCACCUCCCCCCAUCGCCCCAAAACCAGAGAUCCUGCUGCCUUCACCCUCACCCACCGCACACAACAGAGGAAAACCUGCUGUCGCCCCCAAACCAUGUUUGCCCAAAGCCCCUCAGAAACCUCUCCAGCCAAGACAAGAUCCCUGCAAAACCCAACAUCCCCCUGUCUCCAAAAAUGGAGGUCCUGCUCUACUAUCCUCACACCUGUCACAUUACAUUAUACCACCCAGUACUCAAAGUCAUCAGCUAGGUAACAGCAAAUCAGAUGAUUCUAAGGAAGUAUGUGGAACAGCAGAGGUAGGUGUUUUCAAAGAGGGGGACAUUCCAAAAGAACAGUUGUUUUACAAUGACACACUGGAACAUGCUUCCCGAUCUGAACGGGAACAAAUGCAUGCUCCAACAGACUCAUCCCACGCUUCAACAGAGGCACAGGAAGAACCAAACUCUGCCACACUAGAAAAGGACCAGGCAGGUACACAAAAACAAACAUCUGUGCCGAUCCUAAAAAACAGUCCUACGGAAAGUCUGCAGGAAUGGUCUGCAGACCAGAAACACACUGGGAACUCUAUUUUUAGCUCUUGCCCCAGUGGCAUUGAUAGUGUUCCUGCACCCCCCAGCAAGCCACUCCCCAUACCCCAUCCACGACGCCCUCGGAGGGCGCUUCUUAGGCAGAAUGUUGUGGAAAUUGCACCUUUGGACACUCAAGCAGAUACACCUACAGAGACUCCUGAACACGUUCAGACAGACACAUUACUAGAAAAUCCCCAAAACACUUCAAAAAGCUGUCACACCUACACGGACACACCUCUAAAUUUAUGUUCCCCUAAAGAUAAUGUGGAAAACACGGACACUGAAUCCUCAACCAACACUGAUUCUUUGCACAAUGUAGACUCUUUUCACAGUGCACAUACUGAAGACAUGCCUCCUGAUCUAGACUCCACCCAUUAUUCAGUUCCAACAAAUGGUGUAACUUUAGCUUCCAUGAGCACAGCUGCGGAGGAGGGGUCGCAACCUCCAGCUCCACCACUUCGACAGAAAUCCCUUUCACAAAUGGUUGAUUCCUCAUGCAAGGCCUCAACAUCAGUAGACAACCUGCUUUUGCAUUGCCACCAAGAUCUUAAAGAGGUCGAGUGUAAAGAUGAGGAGGUCCAAGAUGAUGAUGAUGAUGAUGAAGAAGAUUGUGCAUAUGGAGAUUUUGCUCGAUACCCAAUAACUCAGAGUCUUCCUAAACAGAUUAAGCUCAGCUGUGGAUCACAAGUGGAAGCUAUAACCAAGACGUCUCUGGGCGGGGAGGAAAAGUCACCGAAAGUCAUGCCUAAAAAGCCCCAACGAAACAGUCUUCCCGCAUCCGCCAUGUUGCGAAAGCAAAAUACGCCUCCGCUAACGCACACUCCUCCUCCACUUCCUAACUCCAGUCCUCCCAUAUUUAGAGAACUUCCGGCACCUCCUCAGGAGAAACCUUCAUGGCGUGUCGCUCUUCCUAACAUCCCUCUCUUCAGUAGAAACCAGUCGGCUCGCAGUAACAGCCAACCACAGGCUGGAGGUCUGGGAUCUGUUUUUGUUAAACAGAGGGCAAAGUCGUUUUCCUCUGCAGAUCUUCAGAGAGUGGAUUCAGGAUCCGAAUCUUCUGAGCAGUUGGUGCGCUCCGAUCAAACGCGCCGUAGCUUGCGGAAACUUCUAGAGCUGCGUGUGUGUGCACGGUUGCUUCCGAAGUUGCUUCGCAGUGGACAAUCGCUGGAUUGCACUCGUACUGAUGCUGAAUACGAGGAGCAUGAAGCCACGCCCACUAAUCAGGUUGGUCCUGGCGAUGAUGAAGAAGCUCAAGAUGACAGUGAGGCAGACUGCGGAGUGGAAUACGAGAAUGUCCCAUUAUAUGAGGAGAUUCCGGAGUACAUGAACCUGCCCUGGGUUUAUUCAAGCCAGGAUGUGGACACAGGCGUGUAUGAAAUUCAGGAACCAUGUGAGGCGAACAGAUGUUCUGUGAGUGGUGAUCUGUCAGAGGAUGGAAUGAGCUCCAAUGAGGAAGAUGGCAACAGUUCGGACUCCAGCAAAGAAGACUUGAGCCAAUCAAUAGACAAAGAGGAGGUAGAGAGGGCAAAGAGGAACAAGGUGGUCCACAUCGCAACAGAGAUCAAGAGCUCAGAGAAAGUGUUUGUGGACGUUCUGAAGUUACUUCACAUCGAUUUCCGGGAUGCAGUUGCUAAAGCAACUCGUGCGAGUGGGAAGCCGCCGGUUGAGGAGAAAGUGUUGAAUCAGAUAUUAUACUAUCUGCCCCAACUCUACGAACUCAAUAAAGACCUACUGAAAGAGCUGGAGGAGAGAGUGGCCCACUGGUCUGAUCAUCAGAGAUUGGCUGAUAUCUUUGUUCAGAAAGGUCCGUAUCUGAAGAUGUACUCUACCUACAUACGAGAGUUUGACCGUAAUGUGGCUCUGCUGGAUGAACAAUGUCGCAAAAAUCCGCCUUUUGCUAGCGUUGUGCGUCAGUUUGAGAUGAGUCCACGCUGUGCUAAUCUUGCUUUGAAGCAUUACCUGCUGAAACCGGUGCAGCGGAUACCUCAAUACCAGCUCCUGCUCACAGAUUAUUUGAAGAACCUUCCUGAGGAUUCAUCUGACUAUAAAGACACACAAACUGCUCUCAGUGUGGUGAAAGAAGUGGCGAACCACGCGAACGACAUCAUGAAGCAAGGGGAUAACUUUCAGAAGCUGAUGCAGGUUCAGUACAGUCUGAACGGUCACCAUGAAAUCGUCCAGCCUGGCAGGGUUUUCUUAAAGGAGGGCACUCUGAUGAAACUCUCCAGGAAAGUUAUGCAGCCCAGAAUGUUCUUCCUGUUCAAUGAUAUUCUGCUGUACACAACACCAGUUCAGUCUGGCCAGUAUAAAGUCAACAGCAUGCUCUCUCUGGCUGGCAUGAAGGUGAGCAAACCAAGUCAGGAGGCCUAUCAGAAUGAGUUAAACAUAGAGAGUGUGGAACGCUCCUUCAUACUGUCUGCCAAUUCAGCCACAGAAAGAGACGAAUGGCUGGAAGCCAUCGCUAAAGCAAUAGAUGACUACACCAGAAAGAAGAUUUCUUUCUUUUCCAGUCGAAGCCAAGAGUCGGAGGGAAUCUCUGAUGAUGGUCUGCCGCUGGGCUCUAAAGCUCCUAUCUGGAUUCCAGAUUUGAGAACGACCAUGUGUAUGAUCUGCACAUGUGAGUUCACGCUCACCUGGAGACGCCAUCACUGCCGUGCCUGCGGAAAGGUGGUGUGUCAGGCGUGUUCAUCCAAUAAAUACUACCUGGAAUACCUAAAGAAUCAGCUGGCACGAGUGUGUGACCACUGCUAUAUCAAACUACAGCACAAGGGUGAGAAAUCCAAUGUGACCGUUUCCCCUAGUGGGAGGAGUUCAACUUUUGCUUUUUCUAGAAAACAGAAGAAGAUUCCUUCUGCCCUCAAAGAGGUGUCUGCCAACACUGAGAAUUCCUCCAUGAGUGGAUAUCUGCAAAGAUCCAAAGGCCAAAAGAAACCGUGGAAGAGGCUGUGGUUCGUCAUUAAGAACAAAGUCCUCUACACUUACGCCGCUAGUGAAGAUGUUGCGGCAUUGGAGAGUCAGCCGCUGCUGGGCUUUUUCCUCCGAGAGGAGAAGACCGGACCGGCUCAAAAAAUGCAGUUUAAACUGUAUCAUAAAAACACACUUUACUACAUCUUCAGAGCAGAGGACAUCCCCACUGCUCAGAGAUGGAUUGAAGCGUUUCAAGAGGCCAUGAUCCUUUGACUGGUCUGGAUUGGAUUAAAUGGAAUGAAUAAAUGUCGCUCGUUUGGGUUUCUGAACUGUUUACACAGGCAGCGAGUUUAAAGUUGCAUAAAUCAAAACCCAGUUUGAAGCAAAGGAUGCUGGUAGAUGUAGUUUAUGCAUUAAUCUAUUUUAAGCAGCCUAAUGAAGGUAAAUUGAUUCAGUCUGCCUCCAUUGUGAGGCAUUAAUCCAUCUUUUUGUUCUUAAUGUCAUUUUUAGGAAACACUGCCUCUCUGUGCCAGUUCCUUUUGGUGCUUAACAUUACCAUGCAUUCAGGGUCAAAAACAUCAGGCAAUGACUGGUCAUGAGCUCUAGAUACAGAUGAUUUCAUUGACUCCUGACCAAUAGGUUUGCUUAUGAUGAAUCUUAUUUAAAUAUGAAUCAAUCCUGUCCACUUUUCUGAAACACUCCAUUAUGAUGUAAUGGGGCAGUUUGGAUCACUUGUUGCCUGAAGAGGGUUUUAAAAAGAUUUGGUCAAGGGUGUGAUUCAUUGUCAAGUCUGAAUGUGCAUGAGCAAGUAUGAUAAAGGAAUAUCUGAUGCCAGGUGGCACCUUUGGCACGGUCAUGUGGCGCAGUCCGUGCAGUCUGGCGUGGUGCAUUAUGGGAGAUUUGCGAAUUCAACUGUGAAAGCUUAAAAAAUGACUGGACCUUAAUCGUAAAGCACAGAGCGACUAUUUGUCAAAAUUGUACAUAAAACCAUUGUUUUGGACAUUAAUGGUGAUAGUUUGUUGAACGAGUUCAUUUACGCAAAAAAGAAAGAGAAAAAAAACGUAUAAACUUUUUUUUAUUAAAUUUGUUACCUGCAAUUUACGUAAAAAUUAUUUUACAAAUGAUUCACAUAUUGAAUGUAACAAAAUGUAAACUUUUUAUUGAGAAAUAUUGACAACCAUUGACUUAAAUGUGUUUUUUAGAACAAAUCAUGCAUUUGCGUGUUGAAAAAUGACGUUGAUUUUGCAAUCGGUUCAUGCAUGGAAUGUGAGCUGUUUUUUUAAACAAAGAUUAAUGAAUUACAUGAAAUCAUGCAUUAUAUGCAACAAUUUGUGGAAGAAUGGUUUUAUGAACAAUUUAUACAUAUUUAUUCUGCUUGUAAUCCCUGAAAAAAGGCCCUUUUUUAUUUGGUUCUCAGCCUGUUACUAAAUUGUUUUAAUAAUCUUUUAAAAAAAAUGUUAAACUCUUUUGUACAAAGUGGGUGUUUAGACUUGUUUUAAACCUUAUACUGGACAGAACUGGAAGUGUACAUAUUUUGUAAAUAGUAAUAUAAUGCUGGCGUAUUUAAAAUAGUUCAGGAUGUUUAAUGGCCUCGGUGAAUUAUGGGUAGUAAAGACACAGUGCUAGGCUGGCUGACUCAGCACUGUUUUAACUUACUAUAUUAGACAUUAUAGCACACCGGCUGUGAAUACAGAGAGAAAAACUAGUGCUCUUAUCAGGGAAGGAUGUAACACACAUUAAAUACUCUAAUGCACCUUGUUCAGGACCACCUCUCUUAAUACUUUGACAAUGAGUAUGACCUGAUUAUAUCCUCUACAGUUUUCAUUCAGCUCCAGCCACAGAAAGCCACUGAUAUUUCACCGUUUAAAUCUAAAACAAGUCCAAGGAAUGGAUUUGAUCGGUAUUGCGGUAUAAGUUCAAUAUUGUUUGUAAUACUGAUGUUUGUUUACAUUUUGUAAGACUGUUUGGAAUUUUGGGAAAAUUUAAAUACACCACUGUCAUGUUUUUGUUUUAUUUCUCUCCUUCAUGUGAUCCACUUUUAAGAAAAAAUAUCAUUUAUAUUCCUGAUGCUCCUCGUCAGAUUGGCUCUAGGUCCCAAAGGAAGGUUUGUCCUCCUGAAGUAAUGUGUUAAUAUCUUGAGUUUUUCAAGACAGUAGGCUAUGCCCCAACAUAAAUGUAAAGUGCAAAUAAUUUUUAAUAAAUAAUGUAAUGAGAAAA